AUGAGACGAGAGUACGAAUUCACUGUUUACCGGGGAACAUUCAUCCAGCUUGGUCGGCUGCCCGAGUCAGACUUGACCUCAACACCGUCUAAACCGGAGCUGCAGCGCACUCAGGGUAUCCUGUGGGUUUCCGCCGAGAGCGGGAUUCGACUGGAAGGUUCAAGGGAUGGAGCAUUCACUGGGUUCAUGAGCAAAAAUGGCUGGGUUGAUGUUGAUGGAAAGACGAAUGGCAAUCUUGGCGGCGCGACCAAGGUGAAGAUCGUCGAGGCACGCGAAGAUAGGAAUGAAUUUUUCUUCCCUGGAUUCAUCGAUACCCACAUCCAUGCGCCUCAAUACCCAAAUGCAGGCCUCUUCGGCUCCUCAACUCUACUGGACUGGCUAGAGACCUACACUUUUCCAGUAGAAUCAGGCUUCGGCACACAGCCAACCGUGAAGGGCCAAAGCCAGGCCCAGAAGCCAGAAGAUGCACCAGAAUCAGCACUACUUAAAUACGACCAGGUCGUUUCACGCACACUCGCUCAUGGCACAACCUGCGCAUCGUAUUUCGCGACAAUCCACGUCCCAGCGACAAAUGCUUUGGCAGCAAUCUGCCAAACACGGGGCCAGCGCGCCUUCAUCGGCCGAGUGUGUAUGGACGAGCCAGGCUUUUGCCCUGACUACUACAGAGAUCUCUCCGCCGAGGAUUCUCUGUCCGCGACGAAGGAUACAAUUCACUACAUCCACACUCUAGACCCGAAGGGCGCUCUCGUGAAACCGAUUGUCACGCCUCGUUUCGCGCCAACAUGCUCCCGACCUUCUCUCACCGCGCUCGCUAUAACCCCCCCACUUCACAUCCAGACACACAUCGCGGAGAACAAGAACGAAGUGACCUUGGUGAAAGACCUCUUCCCCGAAGCAGAAAGCUAUGCUGCUGUUUACGACCAGCAUAAUCUACUCACGCCACGAACCAUUCUCGCGCAUGCGGUACACCUUUCCAAAGAGGAACGGACGCUCAUCAAAGCGCGUGAUGCGAAGAUCUCACACUGUCCUGCCUCCAACUCGGCUCUCGGCUCUGGAAUUGCCCCAGUCCGAGACUAUCUCAACGAAGGCAUCACCGUUGGCUUAGGCACGGACGUGAGUGGUGGCUACAGUCCUUCCAUCCUAGAAGCUGCCAGACAAGCCUGUCUUUCAUCUCGACUACUCGGCCACACGAAAGACUACGUUGACUACCAUUCCCAUGCCGGCCACGGCAGUAAAUCUGUUGAAGGAGGAGAAAAGCUAUCCGUCGCUGAGAGCUUGUACCUGGCCACUCGUGGCGGAGCCGCUGUUGUCAACAUGGAAGAUGAUAUUGGUGGGUUUGAGAUCGGGAUGAUCAUGGAUGCGCAGUUGAUUCAGCUCGGUUCUGUGCGGAUGAACGGUGCAUCUCCGCUUUCCUCUACUGCUAAUAUGAACGGGGGACCUUGUACCAGUCUGAUCCAGUCUGGACCUGUGGGUAAUGUUGAUAUCUUUGGAACUGAAUCUUGGGAAGAGAAGAUUCAGAAGUGGGUUUGGAGUGGAGAUGAUCGGAAUGUUAAAGCUGUUUGGGUUGGGGGAAGGAUGGUUCAUUGGAGAGUGUAG